AUGACAAGGAGGGUGGAGGAGUUUGCCAACAAUGGAUUUAAAGAUAUGUGUGCAAAUAUGAACAUAAUAGUUAUGAAAGCAGCAGUAGAAAGUCAAGUUAACAAUGAGAUGAAUGAAAGGAACCACAUAAUUACAGAGAAAGGAACACACUUCGGCGAAUUGGAUAUAGGUAGCAGUAUUAUGGAAAUUAACAAACAACUUGAAAAUACUAGUGCCUGGAAGCAUAUUAUGGGUGGAGAUGUUAAAGUUGACAUAUACAGAAGUGCCAAAAAAUGUCCACAUGGUUUAUCAAGUUGCUUAUGGCCCCAUUCUAGUGAUGGAAAUGUUUAUGUACCAUAUGUUUUGAUGUCAAAUUUUGAUCAAAACGAGCAAUUAUUGUUGCGUAUUGCCUUGGAUGAGUUUGGAUUUUUGACAUGUGUCAAGUUUAAACACAGAGUAUUUGAGAGUGACUACAUUCAAAUUGUUUCGGAGUCAGGUUGUACAUCAACUUUAGGACCAGUAGGAGGACCACAAACAAUAUCACUACAGAAACCCGGCUGUGUGAAAUUUUCAACAAUACAACAUCACUUGAUGCAUACAAUUGGUUUUUAUCAUGAACAUACCAGAAGUGAUCGUGAUAAAUAUAUAGAUAUCAAACAUGCAAAUAUUCUUAGUGGCAAGGAAGAACAAUUUGAGAAGAAAGACUCAAAUAAUCUGGGCACACCAUAUGAUUAUGAUUCCAUUAUGCAUUUUGGAAAGUACUAUCUUGCCAAAUCUUCGCAGCCUACUAUAGUACCCAAACGAAAUCCAAACAUACCCAUUGGAUUUGCUGAGGGGCUCAGUGAGAUAGAUGUUUUGAAAAUAAAUAAAUUGUAUCAGUGCAAAACGUGUGGAAACCUCUUAACUCAGAAUGAUAGAAGUUUCACCUCUCCAAAUUUUCCAGCUGUGUAUCCGAAUAAUGUUCGAUGCAAGUGGAUGAUUCGAGCUCCUGCAGCAAUGAAGAUUGUCUUGGAAUUUGAUUACUUUAAUAUUCGACCAUUUAUAGCCUGCCUUCGUGAUCAUCUGUCAGUUUUUGAAGGUUCAGAUUCUGAUUUAAGAGUCAUAAGAAGGCGAAGUUGUGUUCAUUGUGCAACAACAUUGAUGACUUCAGCUAGAAAUUACAAAGGUAAAAUUGAUCAUCGAGGUCCUGGCUCCAGUUUUGAACAAUCAAAUUGUAUUUGGCUCAUCCAAGCCCAUUGGGGACAUAAGAUACUUUUGAGGGUUACUGCACACAACCUUCAAGAAUCUGACCAAUGUGCAAAAGCAUUUUUGCUUAUUCGUGAUGUCGCUGAAGGACCUCCUGUCUUCAAAGCAAAGAUUUGUAAACCGACAAUGGCAUUUGUGGUGGACGGAAAGGCACUUAUGGUUGAGUUCUAUCAUCCUGGGGCACCAAACCAUCCUGGAUUUACAGCUCAGUAUGCUGCUGUUCAUAACACAGGUGAGGGUUCCUUUCAGUGGAGUCAAUGCAGUCUGUGUACGUUGAUAUUGUGCCUAGUGUUGAUUUCCUCAUGA